GUUUAUAGACAAUAGAUUAGUUGAGCAUCGAGCCUCUCUCUCUCUCUCUCUCUCUCUUUAUCUCGUCCGUCCGAGCCCCCAUCUGAACUAAAAAGAAACGAAAAUGUUCGGCCGGCUCGCCUCUAGGCGUCUGCUUGAGAUCCGCCAAGCUUUCCGGCGAACGCCUCAGGCUUCUCGAUCCUUUUCCACUGCUCUCAACUAUCACCUUGACACACCUGACAACAAUCCGGACCUUCCAUGGGAAUUCAACGAAGCAAACAAGGAAAAGGUGAAGGAGAUACUCUCUCAUUAUCCAUCCAACUACAAGCAAUCUGCAGCCAUUCCUUUGCUAGAUCUUGCUCAGCAACAACAUGGAGGAUGGCUUCCUGUUUCAGCAAUGAAUGCUGUAGCUAAAGUUAUUGAAGUAGCUCCUGUCAGGGUCUAUGAGGUUGCUACAUUCUAUUCCAUGUUCAACCGAGCAAAGGUUGGUAAAUAUCACCUAUUGGUUUGUGGCACAACACCUUGCAUGAUACGUGGUUCAAGAGAAAUUGAAUCUGCCUUGCUAAAACACCUGGGAGUGAAGCGUGGUGAAGUGACCAAGGACGGCUUCUUCUCAGUUGGAGAAAUGGAGUGCAUGGGAUGUUGUGUAAAUGCACCUAUGAUUACAGUUGCAGACUAUUCCAAUGGAUCUGAAGGAUAUACAUAUAAUUACUAUGAAGAUGUGACUCCGGAGGGAGUUGUGGACAUAGUUGAGAAGUUUAGAAGAGGAGAGAAGCCACCGCGAGGGACUCAAAAUGGGAAACGCCUUAAUGCUGGACCUGAAGGUGGGAACACGACCUUGUUGAGCGAUCCUCUGCCUCCCCCAUGCCGGGAUCUAGAUGCUUGUUAAAGUUGAACUUUGACAACUUCUUCAGUCCCUAUAAUAAUAAUUGAGGAACGGAUUAAUUAGCCUAUUUAUUCAACUACUGGAUCCACCCUUCUUUUCAUGAAAGGCGAACCAAGCAUUCCAAAGGUUAUGGUUGAUCCUAUUGAAUUUUUAAUUUUCUUGAUAUACAAAGCUCGUUCCCCUUUUGUCGUGUGCCUUUGUUAGUUGAUGUUAUGUUGAGAGCAUAAUAAAGACCAACUGACUGGAACACAUUUUCUCCUGUUAACGAUGAGAAGAUGCAAUUUGUUUUAUCGUCAAACUAUAAAUAACCUGGUUAUGUUU